AUGGGGGCACUCUUUCAGCCAAUAAACCAAGUGAAAUUCACAAAUGUUGCUAUAGUGAAGUAUAAGCACAAGGGAAAAAAGUUCGAAAUUGCCUGUUACAAGAAUAAGAUAAUCGACUGGAGGAAUGGAACCGAGCUCAACAUAGACGACGUGCUGCAGUCACACUUAAUUUUUACCAACGUGUCGAAGGGAGAAAUAGCCAAAAAGUCGGAACUAAAUUCUUGCUUCAACUCGGAUAACAACUAUGAAAUAUGCAAAACGAUUUUAGAGAAAGGCACCCUACAGAUAAGCAACAAAGAGAGGUCAAUUAUGAAGGAGAAAAUUUACAAAGACAUGAUUGAGAUUCUGCACGAAAUGAGUGUGAACCCCCAAACGGGUUAUCCCCUCUCAACCAACAUGAUAGAAAGCAUGGUGAAAAACAUUGGCUACAGCAUAAACAUAGACGAUAGCGCCAAGAAGCAGGCGCUAAAAGUUUUUGACAUGUUAAGUAAAGAAUAUGAUGAUGUUAUUCAACGGGCAUUUAUGCGGAUCCAAAUUAUUUGUGACGAUCAUAUAAAAGACGACGUAAUAAAAUUUCUUAAUAGCAAUAAUGCAAUCAUAGAAGAAGAAAAAUUAACCAACAACGUUAAGAGGGAGGACAAUGUAGAUGCUGAAAGUAGUCACGUGCAUGAUGAAAACGACGCGGUCAGCGAACCAGCGAAGGAAGAAUUUGCAGAAAAUGCAAAAGUGAUUAGCAAUUCACUCGCUGAGGAUAGUGCGGGCAACAACGCCAGGGGGAAAGAUGAAGAUGAAGAGGAGGAGAAGUACAGCCACGAAAACGUUAUUGAUCAGAAUGCAAACAAGAGAGAAGACUGUAACAACGAUGCAGAUAGCACGCACCUGAGUAACGAUCACAAAGAAGCCCCUGUAGAGGACAGUCCCCCAUCUAAGUCGAAUGAACAGACACACAAUGACAACGCGGAAGAUGAGACGAGUCAAGAAACUCGCAAAAAUUACACAAAUGAUGAGGAAAAAGGGGAAAUUAUUUUGAAAGAAGAAAUAAAAAACCCGUUACACAGCACCCCCAACGAGGAGGGAAAAAAAAAUAAAACAGGUGAAAUCUACCCACAGCAGGAUGAAAAGGCAGAAAUCGAUCCCCUUACCGAUGAUAUAAAAGUAAAAACAAAACAAAAAAAGAAUAAACACGAAAAAGAAAGGAAGGAUAAAAAUACGGAAAUGCAUAAAAUUGUAUUUUUGUGCUACCCGUGUGUGUAUAGAUGUGUGGACGCUUUUACCAAAAAAUAUAAGAAAAGCUGUUCCAGCAAAAUUCUGAAUAAUAACGUUAAGAUAGCCACCUCGAAUAAGAAGAAGAGGAACAAUGCGGAAAAUUCAGUGACAGUUACAAAGGCGGAUGCGAAUGACGCAAUGGGGAGGACAACUAAAGGCAAGGACGACCGCCAAAUGGGGGGUGACAACCUAAACGGUGGUACAAGCAGCAAGGGCAAUCGUAAAAGGGGCAACGCCAAAGGCAACAGUCGCCGGGAGGAAGAAGCCAAUCACGACGCUGCAAAGGUGAAGAACUCAGGGGAUGUGCGCACUGACCACCCCGACCAUGCUAACAAGAGCACUAACAGGAACGAUGAGGACAAAGUUAUCAAUGACAACGCCAACCACAACAACUGCAAUAGCAGCAAAAACGAAGACGCUACAAACGCCGCACAACAGAAAAGCAAGGAAGAGCCAAGUGACAAGCCAAACAGCGAAAGCGUAAUCAUGUGCACAAGUUGCUUGACGAAAAUUGAAAAAAGCAACUACAAGCUGCACUGCAGAAGUGACUUUCAUGUGUAUAAUGUUAAGAGGAAGUAUAAAAAGCUUUCCCCCAUUACGCUGGAGGAAUACGUCGAAAUAGACUUUGACGUGGCGCACUUUCACGUUGAUAUGUGA